AUGGUUUUCUUGAGUCAUGCCAUUUCCGACACUCGUAUAGAGGAGGAAAAGGAUGAAUGCGGCAAUCGAAUAUUCUCUUCCACUAUAUAUGGAACUCGUUGGGCAAUUAAGCCUAUUCCUAGAUACGAAUUACCUGAGGAAGAGAUGCCACCGGAGGUCGCUUACAAGUUAAUCAAGGAUGAUCUCUUGAUGGAUGGAAAUCCGGUUUUGAAUUUAGCUUCAUUCGUCACAACUUUUAUGGAGAAAGAAGCCGAAAAAUUGAUGAAAGAAAAUUUGGCCAAAAAUUUUAUCGAUUAUGAGGAAUAUCCAGCUUCUGUUGAUUUGCAGAAUCGAUGCGUCAACAUUAUUGCUCGUUUAUUUAAUGCGCCGGUUGAUCAAGCAACAUCUGAAUCAAUGGGAGUCUCUACCGUUGGUUCUUCCGAAGCCAUUAUAUUAUCCGUAUUGGCAAUGAAGAAGUUGUGGCAAAAAAGAAGAAUUGCCGAAGGAAAGUCGACCGAACGACCCAACUUAGUCAUGUCAGCUUCGGUCCAAGUUUGUUGGGAAAAAGCAACAAGGUAUCUCGAAGUUGAAGAAAAAUUUGUUUACUUGACAGAAGGAAACUACAUUCUCGACCCGCAAGAGGCCGUAGACCUUGUUGACGAAAACACAAUUGGUGUUUGCGUUAUCUUAGGAUCUACAUAUACUGGACAUUACGAAGAUGCAAAAGCAGUCAACGAUUUGCUGAUGGUAAAAAAUGAAGAAAAUGGAUGGGAUGUACCAAUCCAUGUCGAUGCGGCAUCCGGCGGAUUUGUCGCGCCGUUCAUUAACCCUGAUUAUGUCUGGGACUUCAG